AUGGCCUCAAGUGUUUCCUUCUCAGUCGCCUCGGGUCUAUUCGCCCUGGUGUGUAGAAUCAUCAAUUACUAUAUAACUCGAUCUCAGCUCAUCUGGCCAUUCCUCGAUCGAAUAUGUGGUGGCCUCUACGCCAUCACUUCCCGAACGUGUGGUAAUUUCAACCUUCGACACGGGCGUAGCAGUUCUGAGAUUACUCCUUCGGAAACGCUCUACGAUCCCUCUACUACUGCCCGAGCACAGGCUGAAAGUAGAGCUAUAGUCGAUGGCGCUACUGACCAAGCUGCCUCGAUGGUAUCCAGUGCUAAGAGGGAGUUGGAGGGUCGAAGUGAUACUUAUACUACUACUCUCUUAACACUAAUCAUGCAGGUAAGCGAGCUCUAA